GGUGAAGAAAAAUAUCGGACAGAUUUUUUUGUAGAAGAAAUGCGAGGAAAAUUUCACUAAAACUCGAAAAAUAAGCAAUAAAUCAAGAAAAAAUGGCCGAUUUGUUGGAAAAGGAUGAAAAGCCUGAUAUAAGGGUCUUGCGAGAAGGACUUUUAGAGGCCGAAAAGGAAAAAAAUCAGUUCGCCCUAAAAAAUCACAAAUUGGCCAACUAUCGUUUGAAGCAGGAUUACAAGGUACAACAACAACACCAGCAGACACCGAUGUCGUCAAUUGAGUCCACUCGAAAACGAAACAAUGGACUUGCCAAGGGAUCACGAGCGACACAUAAGAGAAAACGUUUAGGAGCUGCCUCCAUGACCAGCAGUAGAUGCGGCAUGAUAUAUGUGACCCAAAAUGCCCGAAAAUGGACCUUUGUGUGCACUUUCUGUCAGAAAACCACCCGAGACAUUGGAGAAUUUGUAUGUCACAUCAAAUAUAAACACAUGGGCAACCACUACGAUGACGAGGAGGAUGAAAACGAUGAAGAUAUUGGAAAUGGUAGUGAAAAGGAUCAUAAUGUUACAAUGGAGGACGGCUAUAAUCAAGGACAGGACUACUUUGAUUGCGCUAAUUAUUUGGAUGUCAAUGUACACACAGAAGAGGAUGAACAACAGGCUUAUAGGUCACAAUCAAAGACUAUGCAAUCGGCUGCAAAUGGAAAUGAUGUUGUCAAUCUUUUGGAUGAAGAAGAAGAUGAUAAUAAUGCUACGCCUUUCUUCGAUUAUGAAUACGAUGCUCAGGAAGAUGAAGAAGAAUUAGCUCUUGUCGACGACUCUGAUAGGAGCAAUCGACGCACGGAAGAGGAUAAUAAUCAUCUAAUGCAACGUCGUGCUUCGGCAGAUGAUGAGUCCCAUAAUGGUGACUUUGAAGAGUCCAACAAUGGCGAUGCCAGCGGCAGUGGCAACGGUAAAAGAUAUCGAACACAUGUCAGAGGUACCGCUUAUUGCAAGUUAUGCGACAAGACCUUUCAAUAUUAUUCGUUAUAUCGCAACCAUAUGAUCAAGCAUUCCAAUGUGACACCCUAUAAAUGUCAAUUUUGCACGAAAGGGUUCAAAUCUAAACAAGCCAUACGCUACCACAUGAAAACACACUCUAAAGAAAAGGAAUUUCAAUGUCCUUUGUGUCCCACAACGUAUGCAACCUCAUCGCUUUUUAUGACACAUGUCUUGAGUCAUGAAAGUGCAACGUGUUUUCCAUGUAUGGUGUGUGCUGUCGUGCUUAAAACUGAGCAGGAGCGUGAGCUACAUUUGGAGACGCACGCAGAAGAUCGUCCACAUAGUUGUAAUUUUUGUGGGAAACGCUUCCGGCAAAAACAUCAUCUAUCGAAUCAUUUGAAAUUACAUUGUCAAUAUCGUUGCGACUUUUGUCGAGAAUCAUUUAGCUCUACACAAACACAGAGGCGACCCUAUGCCUGUCCCACAUGCGAAGAGUUGCCCGACAUACGAACCCAGGUGGAAAGGCAACGAUCGUUUUCUAUGAAACAACCAGUCGAAGAUCCUCCACACAUGGAAUUUGAAAAUAUCAUGAUCAAAAACGAGGCAACACGUGAACCAGAAUGCGUUGAUCUUGAAGAAAUGCCAUCAGAUGAUGACAGUGAAGGUGGAAAUACUCCGUUGCUAGUAAGUACACCCAACAAAACUUAUCCACAGUGUAAAUACUGUCGAAAAAUCUUUGAACACGUUGGUGCGCUUAAUAUGCAUAUACGACAGGAACAUUCACAGUAAAAUAGAUAUAAGAACAUACAAUCAAAUGCAAUUAAAAUAUUAUGAGAGUAAACGAGAAUAAGCUCCUG